GCCAUCGCGGGUGCACACGGCGCGGCUCCGCCUCAGCGGUGACCUCGGUUCACCUCAGGCGCCGCCUCACCGCUGACCGCUCCCGGUGCUGUUCCCGCUCCAGGUCCCGGCUCCCCUCAGCAGCCGGGCCGCUCUCCCGGCCUCGUACGGUCAUAAGCCACCCUUGAAUCUGUCCACUGCAGAAGAGAGAAAACUGUGUUGAAAACUUCUGCCAUGAGAUGAGCUUCUAGUAUGGUUUUGUAACUGAUACAGUAACCUGGACUUUGCUCAGGAGGGGAAAGGCCUGACGUUCCUGAAAAUGGCAGCUGAGACAUCCACAGAAGUUCCAAAACCUGCUAGACAGUUCGUCCUGAAGGAAGAGGUAAUUGCAGAAAGAAAAUGGUUGAAGCUUGAAGAAACAACUUACACUGAUCCCUUUGGUAAAACCAGAACUUGGGAAACUGUAAAGCGUACUAGCAACAAAAAGGGGGUCUCAGCUGAUGGUGUCGCAGUGAUAGCGGUGCUACAGAGAACCCUCCACUACGACUGCAUUGUCCUCGUGAAGCAGUUCAGGCCCCCAAUUAAUGGCUAUUGCUUGGAAUUUCCUGCAGGCCUCAUUGAGGAAAAUGAGACUGCAGAAAGCGCUGCGUUGCGAGAGCUGGAGGAAGAAACAGGGUACAAGGGGGAGGUCAUUGAAUGUACUCCAGCUCUCUGCUUGGACCCGGGUUUGUCAAACAGCACCACGCACAUUGUGAGCGUCACCAUUAACGGGGAUGAUGCUGAGAACACGAGACCUAAGCAAAAACUGGAUGAUGGAGAAUUUGUGGAAGUUAUUUCAAUUCCAAAGAACGACCUACUGCAAAGAAUUGAUGAGCUGGUAGCAGAAGAGCACCUGGCAGUGGAUGCCAGGGUUUACACCUAUGCAUUGGCCCUCAAGCAUGCAACAGAAAAACCACUUCAAGUCCCUUUUAUGAAGUGAGAAAUGCAGUUGGAAGCUGCCCCGUUCGGGUGGCUCGGAAGUCUGACUCUCCUUGUAAUACAGGUCCUUUGCUUUACUCGUAGAGCAAAAGUAUUUGUAGGAAUGAUUCUGGUAUUUUUAUCUGGAAUUAUGUAACUAACAAAAAGCGUCCCUUUAACUGCUCAGGCUCUCAGGCCUGGGCUGAAUAAUGGCAAUAAAAAUGCUGUUUAAUUUUCA